GACGCCACACACACCCAUCCAGCCUCCCAAAACACCCGGUUUACCAAUAGAUACGCGACCGCCACUUGUAAACCUGCCGCACCCAUGGCGCCUAGAGUAGCGACGGCGGAGAAGGUGGCUGUGGCACCACCCACCGGACUUGGUCUUGGCGUCGGCGGAGGAGUCGGAGCCGGGGGUCCUCACUACAGGGGCGUCCGCAAGCGCCCCUGGGGGCGUUUCGCCGCGGAGAUACGUGACCCGGCCAAGAAGAGCCGGGUGUGGCUCGGCACCUACGACACGGCGGAGGAGGCCGCCCGCGCCUACGACGCCGCCGCACGGGAGUUCCGGGGCGCCAAGGCCAAAACCAACUUUCCGUUUGCUUCACAGUCCAUGGUCGAGUGCGGCGGCAGCCCCAGCAGCAACAGCACGGUUGAUACCAAUGGUGGCGGCGCUCAGACGCCUAUGCAGGCCAUGCCUCUGCCGCCUACGUUGGACUUGGAUUUGUUCCACCGUGCGGCUGCCGUGACAGCGGUUACCAGCGCCGGCGUGCGCUUCCCGUUCAAGGGGUACCCUGUUGCGCGUGCAGCUCCCCAUCCUUAUUUCUUUUACGAACAGGCUGCGGCGGCGGCUGCUGCCGCGGCAGGCUACCGUAUGGUGAAGCUCGCUUCUCCGGUCACGGUGGCUGCUGUUGCGCAAAGUGACUCCGAUUCCUCGUCGGUGGUUGAUCUUGCACACUCACCAUCCGGAGUUGCGGCAACCAAGGCGGCGGCGGCGUUCGAUCUGGAUCUGAACCGGCCGCCGCCGGUAGAGAACUAGUCUCAAGAGGGUUAGCUGAUGACUUUUAUAGUUUCUCUUAUUUUCUUCCUUGAUGGAUAUUUUCUCUCCUCUGUUUGGUCCUUUGCGUUUUUGUUUAGUAGCCUGUGAGAGACGGAAGAGCCUGUGUAAAUAGUUUUUCCGCCGAGGGCGAAAUCCAUCUUGAGAUCUGUUCAUCACAGAUCAUGCUGGCGAUGAAAUGGACUGAACCAUGGAGUAUAUGUAUUCCUUUAUAUUAGUAUGAAGAAAUUAUUCAGAAAGUCUCUAAAAUAUCUGUGUGCCCACCGAGUUUGCUUGACAUUU